CGAACGGUCGGCCAGUUUCCAUCGAGCGACUCCACCGUGCGGUCUAUCUCUCGUGGUGUUCUGUGUGUUUUUGUUAAGAUUUUUCCAGCAACUGGUUCCGUACACUGUUUUGAUUAGUGUAUCAGUUUCUGUCUGUGUGUGUGCGUGUUUUUCUAAGCCGGAAAGUGAUCUAGAUAUUGAUCUCGAUUCGCGAUCGCGCACCGUCCGUCCUAGGUGAUCGCCCAGUGUCACCCGCUGGCGACUUGCUACCCUUGGGCUGCCAUUGCACGCUGCCUUCUAGAGGGAGUGGAAGAGUUUUCCUCGUAUAACCCCUUCAUACUAUACGUGUGCGAGAGAGAGAGAGCGAGGCUAGUGUAAAACAAUGUCAUAAAAGUUCUUGAACGGUUGUACGCCAUCAUCAAGUGUUCAAGAGAGAUUGGAACAGUGAGGCACACGCGUUGUUACACCUGCAGUGCCCAGUGCAACAGACACAACAGCUCCCCAACUCCAAACCUGCCAGUUAGAUGGUCUCUGUGAACGUCUCAAAAAGUGAAGGGGAUCACCGUUUAGUGUGCAGUCUAUGUGUGGAUGAUGUUCUAAUGAAGGCUCCCUACUCUCGGUCUGGAACACGGUGUGUGGAGUUCAACAGCGUGUGUUCGGAGGGAUCGGAAAUUAGUCGUCUGGUGUACUACUAGGUUUACACAUCGCGUGUGCGAGUUCCGGCAGUAGUGCUGCAUCGUGCGAUUCUUUAGUGGGAAAGUUUUGUCCCAGGGUUUUGUGAACUCCUCAGCACCUCAAUAGCUGUUGUUGUCACCUGUCGUGUGAUAGAUACAUAGUGCUGUCUCUCUCUGCUAGACAUCGUCCGUAGGAAUUGGUGCAAACUGAUAAGACAGCACCCGCAGCACCAACAACCUCGGGGCAAUCAUUACCGUGACCAUAACGGCUAGACGGAGGUCUCUAUUACCGACACCUAGGUCUCCUGUAGUGAAGUGGGCCUAACAGUGUUUGUGUUUGUGGUGCUAUUGCUGCUAUUGGUGUCAUUAUUCUUGGGCAGCUGGGCCCAAUCGUCCGUGGGUGCUGACUGUGUGUUGCUAUUUUUAUCUCUUCGAAUACAACAGCCAGCCCUCACCCAUAGAUACAUACGUUGUGAAAGUGGGUGGUCGUCGACUUGUUUUUGGGUGAAGGGUGGAACGGUGUACUGUAGUGUGCUGUUGCAAUAUCAACAUCCAAGCGAUUCUGCACUGUGUCUCGAGGGUGUUGUGCCCAACCAAACCGGAGAAGAAGAAGUUCCGCGACUCGUAGGCACUAGGACACCGGCUGGUGGAUUCCGCGGCGUUGGCGAACAAGAAGGCGCCCUCUAGUGCUCAAGCGUAACCACCGUGAACGCGCACGGAGCGUUCGACGAAGCAAUGACGCUACUGUCGGUCUGGAGACUAGGUACCGGAAGCUCUCCUGCCCAAAAUUCUACCCGAAGUACCAGCCCCAACGUACCGAACGGUCACCUGCCGUUGCCCCAGCAGCAAUCGCAGGUCCAUCCCCAGCAGCAGCCACAGCAGCAGCAACUGCAGCACCACUCCGGUACGGUGCCGGUGCUACAGGCGCACCAGCAGCAGCAGCAGCAACCCCAGCCCACGCAGCACCCACCGCAGCAGCAUUCCCAGUCCCAUUCGCCCUCGCUGCAGCAUCCGGCGGCAUCCCAGCAGCAAGUGCACCUUCAGCAGCAACAGGCCGCCCUCCAGGCGGCCCUCCAGCAGCAGCAGCAACCGCCCCUACUGCAGCAGCAAACAUCGCAACAGUCAUCCCAUCAUCUUAAUAGCAGCUCGAGCAGCUUAGGCAACAUUACGCCCACCUUCGUUGCACAACCACAGUCUCCGACUGUGAAUUCCUUUAAAACGGCGUCCCUCAACGGUGUUGGUUUGCACGUGAACGGAGGAGGGGAUUUAAAUAUGCCCGGUGGUCCAACGGUAACGCCCGGGACACCGAACACAAAGGCAAAGGAUGUAUCACCACGGGUGAAGAUCGUCGUCGCGCUCUACCCCUUCAAGGCAAUCGAAAGUGGUGACCUUUCGCUGGAAAAGAAUGCCGAAUAUGAGGUGAUCGACGAUUCACAGGAGCACUGGUGGAAGGUAAAGGACCAGCAUGGUACGAUCGGUUACAUUCCGAGCAACUACGUCAAGGAGAAGGAGCUGCUGGGACUGCAGAAGUACGACUGGUACGUGGGCGACAUGUCCCGGCAGCGUGCCGAGUCACUCCUCAAGCAAAACGACAAGGAAGGCUGCUUUGUGGUGCGCAAAUCGUCCACCAAGGGUCUCUACACACUAUCGCUACAUACCAAAGUACCACAGUCGCACGUGAAGCACUACCAUAUCAAACAGAAUGCUCGCAGUGAGUUUUACCUGUCCGAGAAGCACUGCUGUGAAACGAUUCCGGAUUUGAUAAACUACCAUCGCCAUAACUCCGGUGGGCUUGCCUGUCGCCUUAAGACGUCGCCGUGCGACCGUCCAGUGCCACCGACGGCCGGUUUAUCUCAUGACAAAUGGGAAAUUCAUCCCUCGGAGCUGAUGAUCCUGGAGGAGCUCGGCUCGGGCCAGUUCGGUGUGGUACGGCGUGCCAAAUGGCGUGGAUCGAUCGAUACCGCGGUCAAGAUGAUGAAGGUUGGCACCAUGUCCGAGGAUGAUUUCAUCGAGGAAGCGAAAGUGAUGACUAAACUUCAACAUCCCAAUCUGGUGCAGCUGUACGGUGUCUGCUCGAAGCAUCGCCCCAUCUACAUCAUCACCGAGUACAUGAAGCACGGAUCGCUGUUGAACUACCUGCGAAGGCACGAGCAGUCGCUGAUUGGCAACAUGGGACUCCUCCUGGAUAUGUGCAUACAGGUCUGCAAGGGUAUGUCUUACCUGGAGCGUCACAACUACAUUCAUCGCGAUUUGGCCGCCCGCAACUGUCUGGUCGGUUCGGAAAACACAGUCAAGGUGGCGGACUUUGGUUUGGCACGGUACGUGCUGGACGAUCAGUACACCAGCUCCGGCGGUACCAAGUUCCCCAUCAAAUGGGCCCCACCGGAGGUGCUGAACUACACGAGAUUCUCCUCCAAGAGCGAUGUUUGGGCAUACGGUGUAUUGAUGUGGGAAGUGUUCACGUGUGGCAAGAUGCCGUACGGUCGUCUAAAAAAUACCGAAGUCGUUGAGCGCGUCCAGCGGGGAAUCAUUCUGGAGAAGCCCAAAGCGUGCGCAAAGGAAAUUUAUGAUGUCAUGAAGAAGUGCUGGUCCCACAGUCCCGAGGACCGUCCCGGAUUCCGAAUACUGAAAGAUCAACUGGCUGCCGUCGCCCAAGGACUCACCGAUUAGACGAACUCGGUCGUUCUUGCUUUGAUUGAGUGGCAUUUUACAUUUCUCUCGAUGAUGACGAUGAUGAUGCAUAUUAGUAUAAGGCUAAGUUGAUAAACUCUCGUACACUCGAAACGGUCUGAAUCGAUAGGGUUAGCGAAUGGCAAGUGUAAAUCUCCUCUCAAAAAUCUUCCGACUUUUAUUAUGAAAUAUUUUAUUGUCUUUUCCUUUCCGGUAAGGUAACUUUUGCGGUAGGUUUUGUUUUGUAUCAAUCUUCAUGUAACAAGUUCACAGUUGCCACAUUGAAGCGAACCAUUCUGCAGAGGAAUGUGGAGGAAUUGAAACACACGAUCAGAGAUAGAAAAAAAACACACACACAGAAGACAGAGUGCCAGAUUUAUAUGUUCUAGUAUACGUUUGGGUUCCGUUUUGUACGGGUGACGACGGUAUCGGGUGUGACGGCAAGCGAAACGUUGAUUCGGGAAGCUUGCAACCAGUAAACGGACUGAGUGAAGCAAAGAGCUUGCCGCUUGAUUAAUGGGAGGAUGCGAUCGAAGGCGAUAGCAAAAAAACAAUAAACCGCGUGUGCGAAUAUUUGCUUCUUGUGCAGCAGUAGCAGCGCCGUCAUACAUUACUAUCACUGUAUCGUAAAGUCUAUGGUAAAUACUACUAUCGAUAACACAAUUUAACAACAGCAAACUGCAGAAAAGCCCAUGGUACGACGGAACAGAGUGCAUUUUCGGAAUAUCGCUAGUGAUAAAAGGUGAUGCGAAUUGUGCACGGUUUAAAUCACGUGUUGCGAUCAUUCCCCAUACCCCCUCUCCUCAAAACCGUUGUGGUAUUAGAUUAUGCAGGCAUACUAAUAAACAUACACACAGAUGAUGUACCCACAUCUAUCGUAACAUACCAGUUCUCUUAUAGCUAAACAAAAGCAUGGAAAUCUUACGAACGAAUAACUUCAAAACGUACGGCACUCUCUAUUCCAUCUGCCCAUGGAUGUGGGCGGCCGUACAAUCUAAGUUAGAUUAUUGUACUAACGAACAAGGCAGCGUCGUCACGAAUGCUGCUACAAUGGGAACAUCUAGUAGAGAAAGUAUUUAAGUGAUAUUUAAGAUUAUAUUGACACGUACGUUCCCUGUUAAAGACCGGUUGCGCGUUUUGCUUUUCUCGUUCUUAAUACCAUCUCAACCCUUGCGUGAGCGCGCUUUACGUUGGGAAGGAUUGGACGGGGUCGGUGGUCCCGUCCUUCCCUUGCUUUAUUGUACAUAGUUUCUUAUUUUUCGAAUAAUGCAACUCCAAUCGAGUGGGAUCCGUUUCUCGUCCUCAGACUUAGUUAAUGCAGAAGGUUUUUUUGUUUGUUCGGCACGCAGUGACCGCACUCUGUGCGAGUCUCAUCCGAACCGUUGUAGUGAAUUGUACUCUUCCUGUGUCGGAUCAGUCGAGAUGAUAGGGAAAAAAACGGUGUGGAUGGUUUGCAAACAUUUGGCGCCACGAAACAGAAUGGCACAUAGUACUACCAUAGAUAGCAUUAUGUUUUAUUAUUUAACCGUAACCGAUCGUAUUAGAGGCGAACGCUGUGCUUCACAACAGUUUGCCUGAAUAACGAAUGAUACGAAUUACCGAUGAAACUCAACUAGUAGCAAUGGGUGGGUGGAUGGACGAUCUUACUGUGUAGCUGGCAGAUAUAUCUUGGCAAGCUCAGCUUCUACUGAUACUAUUACUAUGAACUACUACAACUACUAUUACCUUUACUACCUAAGCAAAGGCGUUAAUAUCUCAAAUCAAACGAACGUGCGCGAGGAACGACAGCAAAUGCCAUUGGUUUUGUGUUUUUUUGUUUGAUUUUGCAACAAAUUAAGAAUGCAACUCAAGUCAAAUGUCCCCGAUGUCUACCACGGCCGCGCGCAGCAGUGUGGGGAAAGGAUACAUCGGCAGCGGCCAAACAUGGAAUCUGCUACGGAAUCGUAUGCUGCAAACGAUCCAUCUAAUGGUAUAUACACACACACAAAUACACACAAAUAUAUAACUUACGUCCGCUGAUGUGGUUGUUUAAUGGAUUUGAAAUCAAAAUGCAAAUCGUACAAGAUUUAACCAGCUUCAUCCGGUUGGAAUAGUGAGACCGAGUGAGCAUUAUCGAUGCGCAAUGAAAAUGCAAAACAAACCCAAUAAUGGAGCGUGCAAGCACGGUUCGGUGAAUAAAGUAGUAGUAACUACAGUUAGCAUAGAUAUCAAAAUAUGUCCGAGCAUACGAGUCGAAAAAAACACACAAGAAUACAAUAACAGCAAGAAAAACACAUUUCCGUGAAAUCAGCUAAUCAGCUAAUUAGUCGUUAAAUCGUUUUCUUUUGAGGUUAGUGUACCGGAACAAAGCUCGUGCAGGCAGGAAGAAACGGUCAAACAUAACAUAUGCAGUGGAUUAAGUAUAUCAACAAAACAAGCAAACAAACAAAACGCUAAUCUAAUUAUUCGAGUGAUUAAAAAUGAACCCAAGAUAUGGGAGGCGCGCGCAUAAGAACGUUCACAACAAUAACAUGACUGAUCGCCUGUUUGUCGUUCGGUGUAUUGUGACGGUUAAUUUCUGGCACAAAACAGUGCAACGCAGUGCCAGACACAUUUGGCGCCAUUUCCAUUUGCUAAAAAAACAAUGCGAAAGCAUUAAAACGGAAGUAAGCGAACGAUACAGGCAAUAUGGCCGAAUACCGAUGGAAAUCUUAUUGGAUAGAUGUCGAUCCAUUUUUUUUACACUAUAAAUAAACAAAACAGCAAAAUGUCUUGUAUGAAAUGAA